AUUUGAGCACUGAGUGGCUCAGGUUGUUUAUUCAGUUUUAAAACCUGACCCGCUUUUAGAUUCGUAAUCUCAGAAAGAAAGAAGGGAAGAAAGAAAGUGACUUUAAGGCACACCUGUGUGUUUGUGUAAAUUGGAGUGAAAUUAGCGAGAUGUAAAAGACGCCUGUGCAGUGGGGAAAAACUAUUUAAUAAUAAGUAUGUGUUAGUUUGUGGUUUGUAUUGUAUUGUAAGGUUACAGCUAGCGUGGUGAAGAGGUGAGGAGGUUAUCUCGACCUGCUGUUAAACCGCGGGUUAUUUACACUGUUUAAACAGUCCUGUGCCUUUUCUUUUUCUUUUCUUUUCUUUUUACAUAGACACCAGACACCUUGGUAGAGGAGACGUUUCCAGACGUUUUCAGGAAUAUAAAACCCCCACAAACAGGUUUAUGGUGUAGGAUUGAGCUGCUGUGUGGGUUUGGGGGAAUUAUGGCGAAAGUGCAGGUGCUGAAUGUGGCGGUUCUGGACAACCCGAGUCCUUUCUGUAAUCCGUUUCAGUUUGAAAUCACGUUUGAGUGCAUGGAGGAUCUGUCUGAAGAUCUGGAGUGGAAGAUCAUCUACGUGGGCUCGGCGGAGAGCGAGGAGUACGAUCAGACACUGGACUCGGUGCUGGUCGGCCCAGUUCCUGCAGGGAGACACAUGUUUGUGUUUCAGGCAGAUGCUCCGAACACGGGGCUGAUUCCUGAAAGCGAUGCAGUGGGCGUAACCGUGGUGUUAAUCACAUGCACGUAUCGGGGUCAGGAGUUUAUUCGCAUCGGCUACUAUGUCAACAACGAGUACACAGACCCCGAGCUGCGUGAAAACCCGCCCAUCAAACCCAACUACUCGCAGCUGCAGAGGAACAUCUUGGCGUCAAACCCACGUGUCACACGGUUCCACAUCAACUGGGAGACAAUCGUGGACAAAUCAGAGGACUUUGAGAAUAUAGACCCCACCCUCAAUACCAUGUUCCCGCCCAGCUGCCCACCAGGAAAAGCCCCGGCUCUAGGACUCAUGCCGGACAAUUCUAUGGACUGCUUAUAAGGGGGGCGGGACACACACACACACACACACACACACACACACACACACACACACACACACACACACACACAGAGUGUUUGAUCACACAUUUGGUUGGACUCUCAGUACUUACAGGAUGAUUUUGGAUGCACUUCUCCUCCUGAACACAGGGUGGCAGUGAAGGAACACACACACACACACACACACACACACACACACACACACACACACAUCAUGAUGCUCUAAAGCUCAUCAGUGUGAAUGUUAUUUCUAGUAGCAAGUAAGCCAUGUUCUUGGAUCAACAUCCCUCUUAACCAAUCAUGGCCCUCUGAUGUCAUCAGUGUGUGCCUCUAACCCUGCCCACUGAAGAUACAGCUCUAUGUGUAGCGCUGCCUUGUAGCUCACAAAAUUAGUUCAGCAAAGUGAAACCAUGAAAUUACUGACCUGCAGCUAAGUGUUAAGCUCAAAUUAUAGCAAUAACAUCAGUAAUAAUAAGACUUUAUGCGUAGCUACUUUAGAAGGUGUCUAAACCUUUCCUCUAAAAUAUGACGUUUCAGCAUUGCACUAUUCAAAAACGUUAAUGCACAAUAUUCAAUAUUUGCAGCAUAAUCUAAAUGUUCAAAUUGAAAUAUGUGGUGUGUGUGUGAGAGAGAGAGAUUACUAAAGACGGUAACUGACACAUUUCCCUGUAAUGAGGAGGGUGGGAAAUAGCUUACACGUCACCUAUAAUAGAGGUCUAAAGGCACGUGUUGGGGCACUUGUACGCUCAAGUCUGGAGGGCUCAGGGUAGCAAUUAUUUCAUCAUCAGGGUUCGAAUCCCAUCUCUGCCUUGUGUGCACGGAGCCUGAAUGUUCUCCCCGUGGGGGUUUCCUACGGGUACUCCAGUUUCCUCCCCCAGUCCAAAGACAUGCUUUGUAAGCUGAUUGGCAUUUCCAAACUGUCCAUAGUGUGCGAGUGUGUGUGAUUGUCCCCUGCGAUGGGCUGGCACCCUGUCCAGGGUGUGCCCUGAGUCCCCUGCAAUAGGCUCCCUGGCUCCCCGCAACCCUGUGUAGGAUAAGUGGCAUGGAAGAUGGAUGGAUUUUUCUAGUGCACAAGAGUGGUAAUUUAGGCUUGAAUGGUCAAAUGCAGCUUCAAAAAGCACCUUCUUGUUUGUGUAGAAGUACAUUGCUACACUAGCUUUUAUGUAUGGAAACCAACUGGCGCAUCUGAUGGAAAUUUUCAGUCUGCUCCAGAGUGGGAGGAGUCAGAGGCACACAUUGUGAUUUGGUAAAAUGAAUAUUAAUUUGGAAUACA